AUAUUUAGUUAACAGUGCUGCCACUCACUCAAAUUCUCACUGUAGCGGUCAUACGGUCACACUACCCAAAAAAGGCGGGAGUUCUUUCAAAAAUUUUGUUUUCGUUUUCAACAAAUUCACAAAAUUCGAAAAUGCCCCGACACAAUGCUGCCAAGCGUAACCCCAACCCAUCAAUGAACAACUCAAAGCCUCCAAGCGACGACGACAAAGCAUUCCGCUCGCCGGAGCCAGAAGACGACACCGACUACGGCCUGGAGUUCACCACCAGCCAACUGACGCUACAGGAGGGCUACAAUCGUCGUUGCUCCACGAUGCGCAAUCAGCCAGCGACCCGCACCUACACUAGCAGCGACGAGGAGGAGGACCAGGAGAAUCGCCAUCCGGCAGCCAGAUCAAAGCAGACGCGUCCGACACCAGUGCGCCAAGAAACUAGCUCGCGGGCAGCGGGACCAUUUGCUGCACAGAACCAGACCAGGCGGCGCAAAAUGGCCAAUCCCAUCAGCAGAGCCAAGCGGAUGGAUCUCGAGAUACGGCGACUGCAGAACCAUUCCGGCACACUGAUACCCAAGCUGCCGUUCUCGCGUCUGGUGCGCGAGUUCAUCGUGAAGUACAGCGAUGGAGAGCCGUUGAGGGUCUCCGAGGGCGCCUUUAUGGCCAUGCAGGAGUCCUGCGAGAUGUACGUGACGCAGCGGCUGUCGGACUCCUACAUGCUAACCCGGCAUCGCAAUCGCGUGACACUGGAGGUGCGCGACAUGGCUCUGAUGGCCUACCUUUGCGACCGGGGUCGGCUGGCCUAGCCAACACAUUAGUUCCAGUUACUUAUUUGUACAAUUUGUACCCUUUCAUUUGAAUUGUUGUCCUUUGAGUGUUUACCUAAACGAAAAGUUCAAAGUUUGUUAAUCGUGUUAAACGUGUUUGCUUAACAAUGCAAUUAUAUUGAGUUACUGUAACCAAAAUUUUCCAUUAAAUAAAUAGCAUACCAUAAAUUUA